AUGCAUUCAGUGCACUCGCCCAAUUCGUUCGACAACAACUACUUCAGGAAUCUUGUGCAGAGGGAGGGACUUCUGGAGACGGAUCAAGUACUCUUCAGCGGUGGCUCCACGGACAGCAUUGUGACGGAGUAUAGCAGGAGUCCCUCGAGGUUCAGUGCCGAUUUCACGACAGCGAGGAUCAAGGUGGGCGACAUUCAGCCUCUCACUGGGUCUGCUGGACAGAUUAGGAGGAUUUGCGGCGCUGUCAACAACUGA